UUCACCAUCUUCCUUCUCUCCCAUCCACUCAAUUCUUGCUGGCAAGGCACCCUACCUUCCCGGCAUCUCAUCUCAGUCACCACGUUUUCGAACUUACUCGGUUCUGCUCACCACUCGUUCCAACACUCUCAUUCCACUGCUGCUGCGGGUGGGAGCAAUAGGUUCUAUCAUUAAGAAGAAUCCUCAAUCGACUACACUAGUCUAAUCGUUUUUUCAAUCUCUACUACUCUCUACUCUCUCGCAAUGGCUCCUCACGCAAUUGGCGAGUCCUCUCACUCAACCGCUGUCCCCGACGUGCUCUCCGGAUACACAACCGUCAAUGUGUUGUCCGACAAAGCUCGCGUCGUCGACAACUCUCUUGUCUCCGACUACACCUACGAGAACGCUACCGUCAAGCGUCUUCCGGGUGGAAAGCUUGAAGUCACCCCCAGCAAGGUUGACUACAACUUCAAGGUCGACCUCAAGGUCCCCAAGACUGGCUUGAUGAUGGUCGGUCUUGGCGGAAACAACGGCUCCACUCUUACCGCUACUAUCCUCGCCAACCGUUACGGCAUCAACUUCCGCAGCAAGCAGGGUCUUCAGAAGCCCAACUACUACGGCUCUGUCACCCAGGCUUCCACUCUCAAGUUGGGUGUUGAUGAGGACGGCAAUGACGCUUACGCUCCCUUCAACCAGAUCUUGCCCAUGCUUCACCCCAACGACAUUGUCAUCGGAGGCUGGGAUAUCAACUCUGCCAACUUGGCUGAGGCUAUGGAGCGCUCCAAGGUUCUCGACUAUGACUUGCAGCGUCAGGUUGCCAAGUACAUGGCCCAGAUCAAGCCCCUUCCUUCUAUCUACUAUCCUGAUUUCAUUGCCGCCAACCAGAACGAUCGUGCCGAUAACCUGAUUGACGGUGAUUCGAAGUGGGAUCAUGUCAUGCGCCUCCGUCAGGAUAUUGCUGACUUCAAGCAGAAGAAUGAGCUUGAGAAGGUCAUUGUUGUCUGGACCGCCAACACUGAGCGUUACGCUGAAAUCAUUCCCGGAGUGAACGAUACCGCCGAGAACUUGAUCAAGUCGAUCAAGGAGUCGCACGAGGAGAUUGCUCCUUCGACUAUCUUUGCUGUGGCCUGUAUCCUCGAUGGUGUCUCUUUCAUCAACGGAUCUCCCCAGAACACUUUUGUUCCUGGCUGCAUUGAGUUGGCUGAGAAGCACAAGUCUUUUAUCGGUGGAGAUGACUUCAAGUCUGGCCAGACUAAGAUCAAGUCUGUUUUGGCCCAGUUCCUUGUUGAUGCUGGUAUCCGCCCGGUGUCGAUUGCUUCGUACAACCAUCUUGGAAACAACGAUGGCUUCAACCUUUCGGCGCCCCAGCAGUUCCGCUCGAAGGAGAUCUCGAAGAAGUCUGUUGUCGAUGACAUGAUUGCUUCCAACCAGAUCUUGUACAACAAGGAGAAGGGAGAUCAUAUUGAUCACUGCAUUGUCAUCAAGUACGUUCCUGCGGUUGGCGACUCCAAGGUUGCUAUGGACGAGUACCACUCUGAGUUGAUGAUGGGUGGUCAUAACACCAUUUCUAUCCACAAUGUGUGCGAGGAUUCUCUUUUGGCGUCUCCUCUUAUCAUUGAUCUUGUUGUUGUGUGCGAGUUCUUUUCUCGUGUCAGCUACAAGCUUGCGGCUGAUGAGGAUGCCAAGUUUGAGCAGUUCUACCCUGUGUUGUCGGUCUUGUCUUACUGGCUGAAGGCGCCCCUUGCUCGCCCUGGUACUAUGGCUGUGAACGGUCUCAACAAGCAGCGUGCUUGCUUGGAGAACUUGUUGCGCGCUUUUGUUGGCCUUGGUACUCAGAACGAGCUGAAGCUUGAGGAGCGCUUGUGGUAAAUCGCACUUUGAACGUGUGGUUUAGCAAGUGUCUUGUGAAUUUUUAUUCUUCUUCUUCUUCUUUAUGGGUUAUAUCGCGUCCGAUGCAGGUUUUAAUAAGAACUACAAAUACUUGGGGAUGACUUUUACUUCUGUGGACACAUCGGCCGAUCGACAGGGGCUGGUAGUAGUAAUACUGCCGGUCUCUUAUUCUUUUCGAAGUUGCAGGGCCGAUAUUUUUUCUUGUGCAGAGAUUUAGGGAUUCUGAGAAGGAGGCAUAUGACGGAUGAUAUCUUUGUGAUGGAUCUGGGUAGUAUGGCUGCAAUUUUUGACGGAAUUGGACAGGGCUCGCUGGCUAGGACAGCUGCAAGGAUAUUUUUAUGUUUUCUUUUCGAGUAUUUUUAUGCAUCUCUGUAUGAGAACUGAUUGUCUGAGUUGCUUCUGCUUAUCAAAUAAAAUUCUUUUCCUCGGAA